UGAGCAGCAUCCCCCCGCCCCGCCCCUUCCCAUUCCAGCGUGGAUCAAACCAUCAAGAGCCAAGGGGGCAAAGAGAGAGAGAAAGAAAAUGCGAAAUUCUUCCGCUUGGCCAGAGUGGCCCACGAGCUGAGGGCGAAAGCGCGAGGUGUAGCUGCCAGCUGCCUUCUGGGUUUCCUGGCGAGCCGCUGAUGGAGAAGGGGCAGCCUAGGAGUGGGGCGGCCCCUUCCCCUCGACUCCCCUCUGCGUUGGCGAGGCAGUGGGAAGAACGGAGCUCGGCGCCGCUCGUGGCUUCAGGAGCAGUAGCAGCAACUCGGUCGUGGGAGAGUUUCAUUCAAUGUGUGGAGGAAGUCCUGCGUGCGGGCAGCCCGGACUGCUUAGCGAGCGGUGCAGCUCCCUCGUCUCCUCUUGGCCGCUGAGGAGUCCCUCCUCCUCCCGGCUCCUCCGUUGCAGGAAGGCUGCUUGCCCUGGGCUUAUCACCUCGGGAGAGAGACGCGCUCUGGAGGGAAAGAGAGAGAGGAGAUACAAGGGCAGCAGGUCUACAAUAAACUGUUCCUUCAUCCAUCCAGAAGUCUUGCUUCAUUUAAAUGACCUUGGGCACUGCAGGAAGUAUCCUGAAAUUGCUAACUGAGGAGAACUGCCUUAAAGUCACCGAUACAAAAAUUCUUGUCAAUUUGGGAAUAUCGCCUUACAUCAAGAAACUACCUGUGGUACAAGCUGACGUAAGGAAGCUUAGAAAGCACACUAGUUGAUCACUGCUUGUAGUUGAACACAAAGAAACCGCAGAGACUUCCACAUCCUUCAGUGAGAAGAAAGAAACCAGCAGAGCAGGAUUAAUACAGGCUUGUUUCUGGUGGCCUUUUUGUACAAAGGCUGCCUUGGAGGAAGAAAAAACGCAAAGAAAGAAACACAGCGAUACUUAAUGAGCUGUGAAAUGAAGCGCCACCGCUGCUGCUGCUGCUGCUUCUGCUAGCCCUUCAAUUCCAAGAUUCAUCUGCUAUUCAUUGUGCUUAAUAUACAUGUUUCUGCACCGUGCAUUUAGAAGAUAUCAGAAAGGAAUUCAAAACGGCUGCCGGGGAAAGGCCACCAAACAUGCCUACAGAAACACUACAGACAGGUAGCAUGGUAAAACCCGUCAGCCCUGCCAUAACAUUCACCUCAGCUGUUCCCCUCCGAAUUUUAAAUAAAGGGCCUGACUAUUUUCGCAGGCAGGCAGAGCCUAAUCCAAAAAGACUGAGUGCUGUGGAAAGACUGGAAGCUGACAAGGCCAAAUACGUUAAGAGUCAAGAGGUCAUCAAUGCCAAGCAAGAGCCUGUCAAGCCAGCAGUGCUUCCCAAGCCACCGGUGUGCCCUGCCGCUAAGCGAGCCUUGGGCAGCCCUACCUUAAAAGUGUUUAAUAAUAAUGCAAAGACUGAGAGUGGUGUCCAGAGAGAGAACCUAAAGCUAGAGAUUUUGAAAAACAUCAUCAACAGCUCAGAAGGUUCCAGUUCAGGUUCAGGUCACAAAUACAGUUCGCGAAACUGGCCUCCCCACAAAUCUGAUUCAGGAGACCUCAACCGGCAUUCGUUUGCAGAAUCCUUAAAGGUUUACCCUACCCAAGGCCGUAGCAGUCCUCAAGAAAGCAACUCCAGUGUCAGUAGGCGGCUACUGGAACAGUCGCCAGAGUCCUUCUUGCACGUUUCCCAUAGCUCAUCAGACAUUAGAAAAGUAUCGAGUGGUAAACCCUUAAAAGCAAUACCAUGCAGUAGUUCAGCUCCACCCUUGCCUCCCAAACCUAAAAUUGCUGCCAUUACCAGUUUGAAAUCACCAGAAAUGGACACUGUAGAAACCAGCUGUGGAGUCAAUAGAAGACCUUCCCUACAGCGUUCAAAGUCGGACUUAAGUGACAGAUACUUUCGUGUUGAUGCAGACGUUGAAAGAUUCUUUAACUACUGUGGACUGGAUCCUGAAGAGCUUGAAAAUCUUGGGAUGGAAAAUUUUGCAAGGGCUAACUCAGAUAUUAUCUCUCUCAACUUUCGCAGUGCAAGUAUGAUCAGUUCAGACUGUGAACAGUCUCAGGAUAGCAACAGUGACCUUAGAAACGAUGACAGUGCCAAUGACCGCGUGCCAUAUGGUAUUUCUGCAAUUGAAAGAAAUGCCCGAAUUAUCAAGUGGUUAUAUAGCAUCAAGCAAGCUAGAGAGUCACAGAAAGUGUCCCAUGUGUGAGCAAAACCACAUAUGGACAAACAAGGACUGUAUCUUUGUGAAUAUUCAGUUGUGAAGGGUUGUGAAGUCUACUUGAAGUCUUAAUACACUUCUAAGAUCUCUUUUUGUGUUGCUUGUUGUGCAAUGUUUUCAAGUUGCAUGCCUGUCAACAUGUGAACUGACCUGGCUUCCACUUGAACAAUAACUAGCUACAGAGCCUGGCUAAGCAUACACACAUUAUCUGCCAAAAGUUUAAGACCAGAAUCUAAAUAGGGCUUUGUUUAUAAAUGAAUUGUUUACAUUAAAUGGUUAUAUGGCUUCUUCUUAAUAUUUCUGUAGUCCCUUGUGGUUUUUUUAAAACAAUUUCACAUCUUUUGUGUCUUCAACAUAGGUAUUGUUAACAAACACAGGUAACUUUUCAACUUAAACUAAAAUCUAUUUUGGAGGCAAAAAAGGAGGGAAAACUGCCAAAAUAAGGUUGUUCUAAAACCUUGCCUAGAACAGCAUAGCUGCUAGAAAACCUGUGGAAAGUGUUUCAAAAGGACAGUCGAUAAACAACAAUGUACAAUUCAGUUGUUGUUGUUUUAAAUUAAGAAAAUGGUCCAGGAUUGUUGAUCUUAAUUGCCUAACUCAAUCCCCACCCAUCUGCCCCUGCACACAAACAGCAAAAAUAGUUUGAGCCUAUGCUAAUCACAUGAACUACUCUUGCAGGUGAUUGGUGUCCCAAAGAACUUGAAUGAUUUUGGUUGCACCAAUCAAGGGCUAUUUAAAAAGAGGCCAAGAAAGUGGCAAAGGAAAAGAAGGGUAGAAUUUUGAAGGACGGUUUCUUGGCUUAAACUUUUGAUAGGAAUGGUUAGAUCCUGUUUGCUGAUCUUGAAUGCCUUUAACUAGACAAAGCACAUCAUGAUUACAAGCUCCUGCUGCUGACUACCUUUUCGUAGACCUAUUUGAGCAGUUCAUUAACAGGAAAAAAAAAUGGAAGUACACAGCCAUAUCAGUAUGAGCCUCUUAUCCAGAAGUUAACACACUCAAUAUAGCUGAACUAUAUCUGAGAAAUUGUGAUUAUGUUGUCUUAAAUAUGUUAUAUCUUAAGGCUGUGGAAGUUUGUUACAGCUCUAGGAAACUGUAGAAACAUGACAGUAUGUAGCUUUAUUUUCUUUCUUUUUUGCCCUCCUCUCUUCUCUUCCUGCCCUUCCUUACCAUGUUUAGUGCUGCACGUCAAUCUGUUACACAUUUUUUGACAAUCUUGUGUCUUCCCAAUGGUUUAACUGUCAUGUCAAAGUGACAGUUGUGGUGCGUAGCAGAAAAGUUGAAAGUGCAGUGGUCUGCUUCAUUAUUAUUAUAUUCAUGCUUUGAAGUACUUUGCAGCACUAUCUUAUGUCAUCAGCUAAUAGGAAACUUUUUAUUGUGUAAAUGCUGUAAGACUUUGUACAUAUUUCAGUUCUUACGAGAUCUUUAAAAAAGAGUGUUAUGCUAAUAAAUAGCUCUUGGUGCAGCUA